GCUGCAGCUAUUUAUAGCUCUCCAGAACCAUAACAAAGGAUGAUAUUAGGUAUCAGUAAGGCUUAAAACUAUCUUUGGGUUAUUAAUAUCUCUUUUGGGAAGUGUCACAGAGAAACAACCUUGAAAUUCAAAAAUAUAUAUGAUGUGUGACAGUAUGUAUUACACUAUAAUUGUAAAAAAUUGGAAACAGUAAUGUUCAAUAGUAGAAUGGUGAGUUAAAUUUGGGAAGUUUGUGAGGGAAACAUUUUCAGCCAUUAAACAUAAGCAGCUUUACAUCCUAGUCUAAACAAUGAAAAAACUGGUAAUAAUAUGUUUUAUUUUUUUAGUUUUUACAUUUUCCAGGUUUAUGGAAAAAAGUGUGUGUUACUUUCAAAUUUGAAAAAGAAACUCAGUUUAUAAAAGGCAUGCAGAUGUUUUACAUGUACAGGAUGAUUUAACUCAUCUCACUGGAGCAUUGAACAAUGAACAGAUAUUUAUUGUCUACUAAAAUGCCAGGCAGCAUGCUAGGUGCUGCCAAACUUUUAACCUUUAUUGGUUUGGUUUAUCAAAAUCUUUCUUCCUUGAAUUGUGAAAGACAUUUAAGAAUAUGUUUGGCAAUUGAAGAAUAAGUAAUUUUGAAUCAAAUAAAAAUCUUUCACAGUUUUGAAAUAUGAGUCAUUUUUAGUGCUUGUUGUAUAAACUUGAUGUACUGUUGAUUGUUGGAGGUUUUGAAGUUAACACACCUUUUUAUAGUUCUGUACAGUUAACAUCACUUAGAUUAAAAAAAGUUUUUUUUUUAAUAUUUAUUUUUUAGUUAUAGGUGAGCAUAGUAUCCUCACUGUACUUUAUGUGGUACUGAGGAUUGAACCCAGUGCCUCACACACACAUGCCAGGCGAGCACUCCACCUCUGAGCCAUAACCCCAGCCCAGAUUAAAAAAAAGUUUUGCUUUAAAAUUCAUGUUUUAAAAAAUGAAGUUCAAGGGCUGGGGAUAUAGCUCAGUUGAUAGAGUGCUUGCCUCACAUUCACAAGGCCGGGUUCUAAUCCUCAGCACUAUUAAGAAAGAAAGAAAAAGGAAAAAAAAUGAAGUUCAGCCUUUUGAAAGAGAACAAUUUCAGUUGCCAGUUGAUUGUAAAGCAUAACAUUUUUUGGUAUAUCUUUAGAGUGUAGGAAAGAACUUUGAACUGUGUCUGGGGAGUCAGUUUCAGCUUGUUUAGAUGAGGUAAAUGAUCUAUUCAUACAGUAGUUAUGACAGAGGCCAAAGAUUAUUUAAAAGAUCUUUUUUAUUAAUGUUUUGGUUGGGUACUUUAAAAUUUUAUUUAAAAGUUGAUUCUCACUUGCUGCUUUUAUAAUAUAACUUUUUGUUCAGGAUGUAAUUCUUUGUUCUUUCGAUGCAAGAUAAGGAGAGGAUGGCGGCAUGAAUGGCUGGAAGGCAGUUACAAGGAGGAGCCAGUUGGGGGUACAAGAUUACAAGAACACAUUGUUUCUUAAAAUGUGUGCAGAGUGUAGUUAAGAGGGAUUCACCUCCACAGGCAGCAUUUCCCCGGUCCUUGGUCACCUGCCCUCCACCUGGAUUUGGCCAGUGGGAGCCACUGGUGGGAGAUUGUAUGGCAGGAGGAAGAGGGAAACCAGUGCCUGAAGACCUCUCAUUAGAAGAGAGAGAAGAACUUUUGGACAUUCGUCGAAGAAAAAAGGAACUUAUUGAUGACAUUGAGAGGCUAAAAUAUGAAAUUGCAGAAGUGAUGACAGAGAUUGACAACUUAACCUCUGUGGAGGAGAGCAAAACUACUCAGAGGAACAAACAAAUAGCCAUGGGAAGAAAGAAAUUCAACAUGGACCCCAAAAAGGGAAUUCAGUUUCUAAUAGAGAAUGACCUGCUACAGAGUUCCCCAGAAGACGUCGCCCAGUUCCUCUAUAAAGGAGAAGGCCUAAAUAAGACUGUCAUUGGGGACUAUCUGGGUGAGAGGGAUGAAUUUAAUAUCAAAGUUCUUCAGGCUUUUGUGGAACUCCAUGAAUUUGCUGAUCUCAACCUUGUACAAGCCUUAAGGCAGUUCUUGUGGAGCUUCAGGCUUCCAGGAGAGGCUCAGAAAAUUGAUCGCAUGAUGGAGGCCUUUGCUUCACGCUACUGCCUGUGCAACCCUGGAGUCUUCCAGUCUACAGACACAUGCUAUGUACUGUCAUUUGCAAUCAUCAUGCUCAACACCAGCCUUCACAACCACAAUGUGCGUGACAAACCCACUGCAGAGCGGUUCAUCACCAUGAAUCGCGGCAUCAACGAGGGAGGGGACCUCCCAGAGGAGCUGCUGAGGAACUUGUAUGAAAGUAUUAAGAAUGAACCGUUUAAGAUCCCAGAGGAUGAUGGGAAUGACUUGACACACACAUUCUUCAACCCAGACCGGGAAGGCUGGCUUCUGAAGCUGGGGGGGCGUGUGAAGACCUGGAAGCGGCGCUGGUUCAUCCUGACGGAUAACUGCCUCUACUACUUUGAAUACACAACGGAUAAAGAGCCUAGGGGAAUCAUCCCACUGGAAAACCUCAGCAUCAGGGAGGUGGAGGACCCGCGGAAGCCUAACUGCUUUGAGCUUUACAAUCCCAGUCACAAAGGGCAGGUCAUCAAGGCCUGCAAAACAGAAGCGGAUGGCCGAGUUGUGGAGGGGAACCACGUGGUGUACCGGAUCUCUGCCCCGAGCCCAGAGGAGAAGGAGGAAUGGAUGAAAUCCAUCAAAGCAAGCAUCAGUAGGGAUCCUUUCUAUGACAUGUUGGCCACAAGGAAAAGAAGAAUUGCCAAUAAGAAAUAGAACUUACCUGGCUCCGCAGGUCACCAGAAAGAUCCACACCCCACAGCAGAGCUGCAGGGCAGGGAGGUGGGAUCCCGCUCGGCACUCACAGCUCCCCCAGAACUGCGGCCCCAACACACACGCCAAAGCCUUGUGCUGUGACUUGGACUGGACUGUGGUCAGCUGCCACCUCUGGGGCGCCCAUGAUGGGAGAGGUCCAAAGCAUCAGGCCCCCCGGCUGGGCUGUGGGAAUCUUCAUCGCACACACAGGACUCGCGCAGCAGGAACUGCGUUUGCACCAGUCAUGCCACGCUUGCGCAUUGGGGCAGAGUUGACCACUCUAGAAGCCGCUGCUUUAUAUCAAAACAGGAAAGGAAAAGCUACCACUUUUUUUAUUCAGAAUUUUUCUCAGAUAUAUAGGAUUAUAGCUUUUAUAUGCCUUUUUGUAUUCUGAAAUUAUAAUGAAAGAUACUUACUUUCUAACAGUAGUAUUUUUAGAAUGGCAGCUAUAAAUUUAACUCCUGGACACAAGUAUAUACCGUGCACUGAAAAAAAGUCUAUAUAUGCAGCACUCAGAGGGCAGGCUGUGGGGCACUUGCCCUGGAUAGGAGCUGCUAUAGGGCCUGGCUGAGAACAGACAGGUGCUCUGGGGAAGGUGGUGCCUGGUAUCCUUGAGGACGGGUACACUGGGGGCUCCAUGUGUGAUCAGCUCUGCAAUCUCCCCUCAACUCAGCUUUGGCCCCACAGAUGCUUUCUAAAAUAAAGUAUUUAUCCUGUAACUGCUGAAUCCUAGACAAUGAAGCCCUUUCCCUGGACACAAAUCAUCCACGCAUCGAACCACAUAAAAUGCUAAUAUUUGACUGUUUUUAUCCCUAGAAACAGCAGUUUCAUGUUGUUCAACUUUAAUACAUUGGUCUGAUAAGCUUUUGACCACAUUCAUCAAUAUUUAAAACUUUUGGCAAAAUGCUUAUUUUGACAUUAUACUAAUCUGAUUUUUUUAAUGUAAUGGAUAUAUAAGUACCUAUGAAUAAUCUUAUUCUUCCUUACUAUCAUGUUCUCAGAGAUUUGAUCUCCCCUGUGAGAAGAGCAAGCUAUGACUGAAGGUGUGUGGCCUGUAGGGUUUUCUGUGAACAGUACACCAGGGUGGGACUUGUAAAGCUCCACAACUGGGGAUUGUCACGUGGCCAUCCCUGUACAAUAGUAGGUGCUCAGGACAUCUGUGGAAAGGACACACACACCAGGAUGAAGGGGGCCGUGGAUGUAGCUCAGGGUAGUAUUUGCCUAGCAUGUGCAGGGCCUUGGGUUCCAUCCUUGCUGACACAAAAGAUGAGGGUGCGGAUGAGGCGGAGAUGAGAUGGGGGCUGGAUUAGAGAGCCCUCUCCCCUUGUAGAAUGGUUUCUUUGCAUCUUCAUGGCACCAGUGCAGAGCAUGUAGGACCUUCUUCAGCUCUAUGGGCUGUUCAGCUGGUGGGUGACCUUUUCCCCCCAGAACUGCUCUCUCUACCCCAUUUGCACCUGGAAUUUGCACCCUUUGGAGGUCAUUUGUACUCCUGUGCAAAAUCCAGGAGUGAAAACCUCAGACCAUAUGCACUUAUUUUGUUCUAAAUAGCAGAAGUAAUUAUUCUUAUGAACUGCCUUGAGGCGGAGACAGCACAGCCUGAGCCCUUUGCCUCUGUGUGGCUGACAUUGAUGUAGCUUUACGUCAUACAAGCAAAGGGGUCCAAGGCUGAAACUCUCCAUCCUGCAUCAGACUGAUUUGGUUUAUACCCGAGCUUCUAGGCUUUGUUACUUUAUUGAUACCUCAAAUCUGAAGCUUUAGUGUUUGGGCAAGUCUCCCUUGAAAUGCCUGACUGGUGUAUAUGCAACUUGGCCUCCAGUCUUCCAUGUGCAAGUGCUGCCUGGACCCCUGGCCAAGUACUGAUGCUGCAGCUCUGCCAGGCCAUCACUGGGCUGGCCCCAACCAGGACUGCUGCGGCGCUGGCCAGGUCAGUUUGCCACAUGUGGACAAGCCAUUUCCUCUCUCCUGACUGUCUAACCCAGGUACAGACCUGGGAACAUGGAGCUUUCUGGUUUGGGGUGUUAAGCGAGCAUGAAGUCACCUGAUGGUAAAUCUUGUUUGCACGGUCAUCUUGUGAGCAAGCUUUGCCUGAUGGCUGUCACCCGGGAUCAAUACCAGAAGGCCUUCGUACUUAGAAUCUAAGUAACUUCCCUCAAAGAGUAUUACGUGAACUUGCCUAAUCUGAGGUUUUGUUGUGACAGUAUUAACCCAAAGGCAGUGGAUGAGUUGUUAGGCCAGGUCCAGAAAAUCCUCCAGUCUAGUGACAAAUACACACCUGGCCUCCACCAGGACACCCUAGAAGAGGGGGACAGCAGUUUCAGCCUCAGUCAAGCUCAUCCUCCUCUCCACCCCAAUGUCUACACUCAGUGCAUGGAUUAGCCCGAUUCUGGCCAAAGACAAAGUUUCCUCCAGAGACAAAGGGCAGUAGGCAGAGGAGAGGAACCCUGGGCUGGAGACUGCAGCUUCCACAGCCCCUCUAGCCUGGCUCCCUGGGUCCUGGCCAUCACUUGAGGUUUAACUGGACUGACUCUGGACCCAGACAUGCACCUUUGUCCUCAGGGUCCAGAACACUUUUGAGCAGUUCAUGUGGUACCAAACAGUCAUAAGAGAAGCUGUUUGUAGAUGAAACAGCAUUGAAUGCUUCAUGUAAAGCAAUGCCUAUUUUCAGAGUUACAAAUGCAUUUAUCUACACAGAUGUGCUUUGCUGAGAAGUUAGGUCUAUUAUAGACCAGAAACCACAAGUUGUGAUUUCUCAUUUUCUUAUUUUUUUCUUAGAAGACAUUUCUAUUUACAAUAAAUGUAGUCAGUAUGUAAAUAAUGUACAUAUAUAUUGAUUUCUGGAGUGUUUUGUUAUUCAAUGUAUAUAUUUCCCACAACUUGCAUGAAGAAGUAUUCUAUUGAUAUCAAAAUAUCUAUUGAUAUUUUGUUGCAGAGUGAAGUUAGUAAAAAUUGGAGGGUAUAUGGCUGUCAAAACUCUUGUAGAUAUUGUGUUCACUAAAUAAAAAUCAAAUGUAUUAUUAAGACAA